AUGCCGAAGAACAAGGGAAAGGGAGGAAAGAACAAGAAGAGAGGAAAGAAAGAAGAUGAUGAUGACAAGCGUGAGCUGGUCUUUAAGGAAGAUGGGCAAGAGUAUGCACACGUUGUUCGUAUGCUUGGCAAUGGCAGAUGUGAAGCCAAGUGCAUUGACGGCGUCACCCGUCUCUGCCAUAUCCGCGGCAAGAUGCACAAGAAGGUUUGGAUCGCAAACGGUGACGUCAUUCUUGUUGGUCUGAGGGACUUCCAAGAUGAGAAAGCUGAUGUCAUCCUCAAGUACACGUCUGAUGAGGCAAGGCUUCUCAAGGCGUAUGAUGAGCUUCCGAAGAAUUUCCGUAUCAAUGAAGGCGUUGCUGGUGAUCUUGAUGAAGAUGAUGAUAUUGGUGGUGAUGAUUUAUUUGAGUUUGAGGACGGAGAAAUUGAUACUAUCUAA